UUCACCUCAAAAACUCCUUCUAGUUUCAGCAAAUACACUCCUAGUCUUUCAUUCUUCGCUUUCUAUCUCAUUUUUCAAGCACUUUUAGUCAUCAUGGCUGUUCUAUCUUAUGAAUCAGAGUUUACCUCCUCUAUCCCCCCAGCUAGGUUGUUCAAGGCUUUUGUCCUUGAUGCAGACAACCUCAUUCCAAAGAUUGCUCCUAACGCAAUUAAGUCCGCUGAAAUCAUUGAAGGAGAUGGUGGAGUUGGAUCUAUCAAGAAGGUCACCUUCGGCGAAGGGAGCCACUUCAACUAUGUGAAGCACCAGAUCGAAGUAGUUGACAAAGACAAUUUUGUCUACGCCUACAGUUUGAUCGAAGGAGAUGCUUUGACAGACAAACUUGAGAAAAUCUCAUACGAGAACAAGUUCAUAGCUGCUGAUGGAGGAUCCAUCAUCAAGAGCAUCAGCAAAUACCACACCAAGAGCGACAACCACGAUAUCACUGAAGACAAAAUCAAGGCAGGAAAAGAGAAGGCUGCCCAUCUCUUCAAGGUUGUUGAGAAGUACCUCCAAGAGAAUCCUGAUGCAUACAACUAAAUCAGUUUUAUAAUCUCUGAGGCUUGUAACAGUGAAACCAUUUCGGAUUUUUUACAUGUUACAUCUAUAUAGUUUUCAUUGAAGUGUGAUUAUACUAUUACUGUUGUUAUGGCCCAUCAAUAUCUGCCUUGGGCUUGUAUUUUUUUUGAGAAUGUUAUAGUGUGAACAUUGUAUUUCUUUUAUUAUAAAUCAAAUAAAAGCAUCUGAUGUCUUAUCAUGAAAGAUAUAAAAUAAUUGCAAAAAGUAAA